CUCGCGAUACCAUUACCCUAAAUACGUAUGCAAUAAGCUAGUCCACAGGCUUUGAGAACAACUUUAUCAGAGACAUGAGUGUACAACUCUCACGGGGGGCGGUUGAAGCCCUAUACAAAGGCUCAGAGGUGAAAAACCCCGUGCUGCAGCUUCUGAAAAUCGCUCAGAUCAGUAAUGCCUCAGGUCCACCCAGGUUCCGGCUUAUGAUGAGUGAUGGUCUGAACUCUUUCUCUUCCUUCCUGUUGGCCACCCAGCUAAACAACCUGCAAGAAGAGAACCUCUUGGUACCGAACUGUGUGUGUAUGUUGAAGAAGAUCGUCACAAACACAUUGUCAGACGGCAGGCGCGUGGUGAUUGUGAUGGACAUGGAGAUAUUGAAGUCGGCCGAGGAAACUGGAGAGAAGAUUGGAAAUCCCACCCCAUAUAAUACAGAUGGUAAGACUUCAUCUCCAGAGAAGUCAGCCUCAAGCACCUCUGUCCCAGCAUCCCCUCCAUCUGCUGCAGUACCUGGACCCUCCUAUAAGAGCAAUAGCACCUUUUCUCCUUCCCGAGGCCGUGGAAGAGGUUUUGUGGGAAAAUCACCCAUGAAGACGUCACCCACGAAGACGCCAUGGAACUCUUCACCCAUGAAGGCUUCACCCGCGAAGACGCCAUGGAACCCUUCACCCAUGAAGGCUUCACCCGCGAAGACGCCAUGGAACCCUUCACCCAUGAAGGGUUCACCCAUGAAGACGUCACCGUGGAAGGCUUCACCCACGAACGCAUCACCCAUGAAGACGUCACCGUGGAAGGCUUCACCCACGAAGGGUUCACCCAUGAAGACGUCACCGUGGAAGGCUUCACCUACGAAGGGUGCCAGCGCUUCUCCGGGUUCUUCAACUAAAAUGAUUCCUAUUUCUAGCCUCAACCCCUACCAAAGCAAGUGGACUAUCAGAGCCCGAGUCACCAACAAGUCCAAUGUCCGUACGUGGAGUAACUCUAAAGGAGAGGGAAAGCUUUUCUCUUUUGAUAUAGUGGAUGAAAGUGGAGAAAUCAAGAUCACAGCCUUCAACAACGAAGUGGACAAGUUUUUCUCUCUAGUGGAGCAAGGCAAGGUGUACUACAUCUCUAAAGCUACACUGAAGGUGGCCAACAAACAGUACACCACACUGAAGAAUGACUACGAGAUGACCCUCCAUGCUCAUUCCUCCAUUGUGCCAUGUGAUGACACUCAGGACGUCCCCACACUGCACUGUGACUUUGUGCCCAUCGCAGAGCUGGAGAACAGAGACCCGGACUCCAUCAUUGAUGUGAUUGGAGUGUGCAAGAGUGCAGAGGAAGCAACCCGCAUCACCACAAAGACCAGCAGGGAAGUCACCAAGAGGGCCCUCAACUUAAUAGACACAACUGGAAAAGUGGUGACAGCCACACUGUGGGGAGAGGAGGCAGAGAAGUUUGACAGCUCUGGGCAGCCUGUGGUCGCCAUCAAAGGAGCUCGCUUGUCUGAUUUUGGGGGCAGAUCUCUCUCUGCUUUGUUUAGCUCAACCGUCAUGGUCAACCCAGACAUACCAGAGGCCUUCAGACUGAGGGCCUGGUAUGACCAGAAAGGCUAUGCGCUGAACAGCCAAUCCCUGACAGAGACGCGAUCAGCGGGCAGCGGAGCAAAGGCGAACUGGAAAACACUGAGUGAUGUUAAGAAUGAACACAUGGGACACGGAGAGAAGGCGGACUAUUUCAGCUGCGUGGCGACAGUGCUGUACAUUCGUAAAGAGAAUUGUCUGUACCAGGCCUGUCCAUCUGCAGACUGCAACAAGAAGGUCAUAGACCAACAGAACGGGCUGUACCGCUGUGAAAAGUGUAACAAGGAGUUCCCCGACUUUAAAUACAGAUUCCUACUUUCUGCUAACUUAGGAGACUUCGGGGAUAACCAGUGGGUGACAUGUUUCCAGGAGACAGCUGAGGUCUUGUUGGGUCACAGUGCAGAAACACUGGGACAGCUCAGAGAUACAGACGAGGCUGCGUUCGAUGAAGUCUUCCAGAAAGUCAGCUUCACAACUCACAUCUUUAAAAACAGAGUCAAGCUGGAGACGUACAAUGAUGAGUCCAGAGUGAAGGUAACCGUAAUGGAAGUCCAGCCAGUCGACCACAGGGAAUACAGCAGGAGACUCCUCAGUAACAUCCACAAAUUGGCCAGCUGAGCUCGAUCCCAGUCAUCCAAAUGGCUGCCUGGUGAUUAAACGUGUCUUCAACUGAUCUCUUACCGGUGUCCGACUCUUUCCGACUCAGCGAGAUAACAGCAUAUCUGACUGAGGCAGCAGAGGGGUUGCCAGUGAUUCAUCGGACUAAAUGGCAGCCCAACAAAAGACUGAUAUUUAGUUGUUCACUUCCUUCAACAGGCCAGUUGUGAAACACUGCGAAUGUGAUGGAAAUUGCUUUAACCUUUUAAUUUAAUUACAUUUUAACAAAGCGGUUUGACUGUGAUUACAUAGAACUGUGGCUUAGACCUGCUUACAUCUCAUGUAUCAUAUACAAGCUCAAGCAUUUUUCUCUUUUUAAAUAAGUGAUUAAUUUCUUUGGUGUCAAAUCUGUGCAGUGUUUGUUUUAAGAAGACUGAGAUGAGUCUGAUUGAUUUAAAUUUUCUUUGUUUUAUGUUAAAUUGAAAGUGUGGCAGAAGUGCGUGGGAUAUGCACGUGUUGGCAUUUGUUUUAACUGUUUUCACAGGGUUUAUUGCUUGUUAAAAUUACUCUUUGAGUUAAAGAAAAAAAAUGCUGGUUUUGCUUUCUGGGCUUCCAAGAAAAGAAGCAAAGACUGAUUAAAAGCAUGUAAAGAUAAAAA